CUUGGCAGCCUGGGACUCUGGGAACAUGAUUUCAAAUAACAACUCCAGUUGUUCACAAAAAACUAAGUUUAAUCUUGUUCAAGUGAAGGGAACAUGGAUUCGACAAAGUGACCAGUUCCAGCUGGCAGAGGGAAAGUUAUCAGAUGCUAAAAUCUAUGAGAACAAGUCAGAACAUGGGGUUUCCUGGACAGUGGUCAGCCCUGUUGUGUUCACCUACAGAGUUAUUCAGUGCAAAAACAUACUGGAUCCCACGAAUGACACACUGCUCUGGGGUCACUUAGGAGAAGAGGAACUUAAACACACCUUAAGUAACUGCAAACCACUGAAGCGAUUUGUUGUCCUUGAUGAAAAUGUCAACAAGCUGUAUGGCUCCCAGGUUUCUCAGUACUUCAAAGCCAGAGGAGUCGUUUGCAAGAUUCUCCCUCUGCCCACCACUGAAGAAAACAAGUGUAUGGAGUUAGUGACCAAGAUCCUGGAGGAAGUUCAUGAGUUUGGUAUCGACAGACGCUCCGAGCCAAUCGUAGCCAUCGGCGGAGGAGUUUGUCUGGAUGUGGUGGGCUUGGCGGCAUCUCUCUAUCGCCGAAGGACCCCGUAUAUUCGAGUGCCGACCACUUUACUUUCCUAUAUUGAUGCCAGUGUAGGGGCAAAAACAGGAGUCAACUUUGCCGGCGGGAAAAACAAGCUGGGAAGUUAUGUCCCACCAGUGGCAGCAUUCUUAGACUGCUCAUUCUUCCAAACUCUCCCACCACGUCAGAUCUCUAAUGGGAUGGCAGAGAUGUUAAAGAUGGCUCUGAUGAAGCACCGGGGCCUGUUUGAGUUGAUGGAGACUGAGGGCAGGAAACUGCUGCAUACCAAACUGCAGGUUUGCGAGACCAGUCCUGAACAGGAAGACAGCGCCACAGCCACCAUCCGCAUCGCUAUAGAAACCAUGCUUGAGGAACUGGCUCCUAACUUGUGGGAGGAUGAUCUGGACAGGCUGGUGGAUUUUGGUCACCUCAUCAGCCCAGAGUUAGAAAUGAGAAUAUUGCCAGCACUGCUUCACGGAGAGGCAGUCAACAUCGAUAUGUCCUUCAUGGUAUAUGUGGCCGUCCAAAAGGGACUUCUCACAGUAGAUGAGAAGAAUCGUAUUAUCCAAUGCAUGCUGAGUCUGGAGCUUCCUGUGUGGCACCAGGACUGCACUCUGGAGCUGGUGCAGAAAUCCCUUAAGGAGCGUCUGAAGCACUCUGCUGGCUCUCUGAGGAUGCCUCUUCCCACAGGACUGGGAACUGCAGAAAUCUUUCAUGGUAUGAUUGGUGAUGGAAUUCUUUGCCAAGCCCACAAGAAAUGGACUGAUGAGCUUUCUUCAUCAGGAGACAAAUGAAUUUUACAUGACAAUAUGGACAAUACAGACAUGAUAUAGAUACACAAUUGCUGCUGAUUCCUCAAUUGCAUGUCCACCACAUCCCCAAAGGAGGGUUACAGGACUGAGAUCUUGUGAUUGUGGAGGCCAUAGAGUACAGUGAACUCAUUGCCAUGUUCAAGAAACCAGUUUGAGCUGAUUUAAGCUUGGUCACAUGGUGUGUUAUCUUACUGGAGGCAGACAUCAAAAGAUCCUAAAGAGAUGGACAUGGCCAGCAACAAUAGACUGUAGUAUUUAAACAGUGCUCAGCUGGUACUAAGAGACCCAACGUGUGCCAAGAAAAUAUCCCCCACAUCAUUACACCAGCCUGAACUGUUGAUACAAGGAAGGGUGGAUCCAUGCUUUUAUGUUUUGUACACCAAAUUGUGACCCUACCACCCGAGUGUCACGGCUAAACACAAGAUUAGAUCAGGGAAUGUUUUUCUAUUUUUCUAUUAUGUAACUUUGGUAAGUCUGUCUGUAUUGUAGCCUCAGUUUCCCGCUUUUAGCUGACAACAGUGGCACCUGGUGUAACAAGUUAUAUUUGGGUUACUUUUGCCUUCCUAUCAGCUCAGAGCAGUCUGGCUAUUCUCCUCUGACCUCUGGCGUCAAAAAGGCAAUUUCACUGCUUUUCACUGGUCAUUUUCUCUUUUUCAGACCAUUCUCUGUAAACCCUAGACAUAGGUGUGUGGGAAAAUUCCAGCAGAUUAGUCAUUUCUAAAAUACUCAGACCAGGUCUUCCAGCACCAACAACCAUGCCAUGUUCAAAAUCACUUAAAUUGCCUCUGUUCCCCAUUCUGAUGCUCAUUUUGAACUCAGCAGGCCGUCUGGUCAUUCAACUCUUUAGUUAAUGGUUUACAACACACCAUAAUAUAAUGCAAUAGCUACAAAAAGCAGUUGGCAGAAUAAUAAAAAAAAAAGAAAAUAUCAAAAGCAAUGCAAUAAUUUUUGUAUAUAUAGAAGAGGACUUUAUCUUAUAAAAAACAUACAUGUUUAACUAAACUUACUGUGUUGCAUUAUCCCUUUUAAUUUAAAGUGUAGCAUUCUAAAUGACUGAAUCUUUGUAAAUUAAGUAAAUGAGU